AUGUGCCGAGUUUGUCGUGCAGAGUCCGACUGCCAGGUGGAUAUCUUCGCACCAAGUGCGAAGACCGCCCUGCUGCCUGAACAUAAGCCAGAGCCAUGUUUGGCCCAAAUGCUGAUGCUGUGCAGCGGCUGCGAAGUGACCCGCUCGGACGGCAUGCCGCAGUUCGUGUGCCUGGAUUGCGCGGCGGCUACGAGGAACGCCCACCGGUUGAGGCGCCAAUACCAGGACAGCCACAUGUACUUCACCGAGGCGCUACGCAUACAAAAAGAUUUCGAUAUUGCCAUGAAAGAUUUUGACGAUUUUAAUUGGAAAUUAGAAGAUAAAAAUGAAAUGAUUCCAAAACAAGAGGUGGAAGAUCCUGAUCCAGAGGAUCUAGACUCACCCUACGCCGGUUCUCCAGAGGCCACAAGCGGCUUCGAGUCUUCUAGUGUAUCUAAUCCCGAAUACUCGAUUAGAACAUCCCACUCCGACGAUUCCCGUCGUUCUCAAACAAGUGCACUCCGCAAAAGCAAAACUCCAAGAGAUGAUCAAAAACAGUUCGCCAAAAAGAAGCAACUGACUCUCACCCAGAAAGAAGUCAAAGAAAAGCGGCCACAAAUGUACCAAUCCUUCCCCUAA